CUCUUCUUAAACCUUUUUUUUUUUGUUUUUUCUCUCUUUCCUUUUCGUUUUUAUUCCUUCCCGAAGGAGAGCUCUGAGAACACACCGCUGUUUUCUCAAACAGAGUGAGAAAGAAAAAAAAUCCCAAAGAUGUUAGCAAUUUUAAGGCGAAAAAUUGCUUCUGAAGGCUCUAAUGCUUCUUGUACUAUAGGGCAGUCUUUGCGUACACUACGCCCAUUUGCAUCAUCUGCAACAAGAAGAUACACAGCAGGAAGCAAUGAGACCCUAUUUCUUCGAAGAGGAUCUAAGUAUGUGCAGAACUUCAGUUGCCAGAUUUUACCUGGUACUGCAGUUACUUCAAAGUCUAUGAGGGAGCUUGGCUGCUUACUUCGAGAAGAUUCAAAGCUUCAAGGGUGGACUAGGUCAUUCUCUUCAGUUAAUGGUGACCCUGUUGAUGUUGUUGUUCCUUUCAUGGGAGAAUCUAUUACAGAUGGUACCCUAGCAGCUUUUUUGAAAAAACCUGGAGAUAGUGUUCAAAUCGAUGAGCCAAUUGCUCGGGUUGAAACCGAUAAGGUAACCAUCGACGUUGCUAGUCCUGAAGCUGGAGUUAUCCAGAAGUUUGUAGCCAAAGAAGGUGAUACCGUAGAACCAGGGACCAAAAUUGCAGUCAUUUCAAAAUCCGGUGAGGGUGCAAAUGUGACACCUGCUGCUCCAUCUGAGGGUCUUAAUGCUGUUAUAGAGACUCCAAAGCCAUCAGCUCCUGCAGAAAAGGAGAAAAAUCCUUCAGUAGAAACUGUUGUUGCCAAGGUCAAACCUGAAACACCCUCCCCAGCGCCAUAUAGAGCUUCAGCUAUAGAACCUAUUCAUCCUCCCAAAGAAAGGGAAAUAAAAGUACGAAUGACAAGGCUUAGAAAGACAGUUGCUGAACGCCUGAAACGUGCGCAGGACACGUUUGUUCUCCUGACCACUUUUAAUGAAAUUGAUAUGACUAACCUGAUGAACCUUCGUUCUGAAUACAAGGACGCCUUUUUAGAAAAACAUGGAGUCAAGUUGGGAUUUAUGUCAACGUUUGUUAAGGCUGCUGUCAGUGGUCUCCAGGAACAGCCAGUUAUCAACGCAUCCAUUGACGGCGAUGAUAUCAUCUAUAGAAACUAUUUUGAUAUUAGUGUUGCUGUUGGUUCUCCAAAGGGUCUGGUUGUUCCAGUUAUCCGGGAUGCCGAAAAAAUGAACUUCGCUGACAUUGAGAAGGAGAUCCACAGGCUGGCAAAGAAGGCCAGAGAUGGUUCACUAUCCAUCGAUGAUAUGGCAGGAGGCUCCUUUACCAUAUCAAAUGGCGGUGUAUAUGGAAGCCUUUUAAGCACUCCCAUAAUCAACCCUCCACAGUCGGCCAUCUUGGGUAUGCAUUCAGUCGUCAGCCGUCCUAUGGUAGUUGGUGGCAGUGUUGUUCCAAGGCCAAUGAUGUACGUUGCACUGACAUAUGAUCACCGACUGAUUGAUGGGAGAGAGGCUGUUCUCUUUUUACGCCGUAUAAAAGAUGUCGUUGAGGACCCUUGCAGACUUCUCCUUGACGUAUGAAUCAAUAGAUGUUGUAUAAGAGCAUCUCCAAUAGAAGGGACCCGAGAAUGCAACACCAUCCCAUCGACUUCCGUUUCUGAAGCAAGUACUACAGCUUCCUCAACUUCAAAGACAUCAACUCCGUACUACGGCUUUCGUUUCUGGAUAAGAAAAAUAUGACGUCGAUAAGUUAUGUUUGUUUCGCUUAGAGCUGUCAAACGGGCAAGCUAGGGUCAACCCGACCCUAGCUUGACCAUCCAUGGACGGGUUAGGGUCAGCCCUAGCCCUAGUACUAUUCAUGUACAAGCUAAAAAUCCCAACCCAAGCCCUAGACGGGUUGGCUCUAACGGGUUGCGGGUUGGCUUGUUAAAUGGGGUGGUUGAAACUAAAAUCACUUAAAUGUAUAAAAAAUUUAGGGGGCAGAGAGAUCACUACUCCGUAAUCCUAAAUCAAAUGACAUUUGGAUUGUAUUAAAUCAUUUAAGGAAAUAUGAACUUUGAUUUCUAGCACAA